AUGCGUUUCUCUGUCGCCACCGCUUUCUCUGCCCUUGUGGCCCUGGCUGCUGCCUACACCGAUCCCGACUACACCACCGAGCCCACUGGCAAUGCCAUCCUCUCUCCUGGCCUGAACGAGAUCGUCCCCGAGGGCAAGUCCUACACCAUCAAGUGGGAUCCCACCACCGUUGGACCCAUCUCCCUGGUCCUCCUGCGCGGCCCCUCCACCAACGUCGUCCCCAUCAAGACCCUCGCCGAGUCUAUCCCCAACAGCGGCGAGUUCAAGUGGACCCCUAGCACUGAGCUGGAGGCCGACGUCUCCCACUACGGUCUGCUCCUCGUCGUCGAGGGUACCGGCCAGUACCAGUACUCCACCCAGUUCGGUCUCUCCGCACCUGCUGGCUCCGUUUCCAGCUCCAGCUCUGCCACCAAGACCAUUGAGACCAGAACCACUGAGACCGCCAAGACCUCUGCUACUACUGACGCCGCCUCUUCCACCCUCGUUGAGAGCACCGUGAUCACCACCACCAUCUGCCCCGAGACCGAGACCACCGCUGCUGCCACCAUCCCCCCCAAGGCUACCCCCACCGGUGUCUCCCCCGUCGGACCUCCCUCCAGCCGCCCCUGGACCUCCAUCCCUCUCACCACCAGCGCCGCUGCCACCGGUACCUCCUCCGCUGCUCCUUCGGCUUCGUCCCCUGCCUUCAACAGCGCUGGCCGUAACGUCAUCAGCUUCGGUGCCGUCAUGGCCGGUGUCCUCGCUGCUUUCGCUCUCUAA